AUGCAUUUUAUUGCAGAAUUUGCAGAAAGCACUUAUGAAACAAUUUUGGAAACAGUUUUCACCAAUUCAUCUGAUCUGUUCUCGAAUGAAUCGUUUCCAAAAUUCUCAAUUGACAAGGAUAUGCGAAAGAGCAUCUCAGAACAGUGUGCCAGAGAGGAGAAAAUCCACAAUCUUUACAAACUUGUACAGAAUCGAAUUGGUGAUAUAUUACCAAAACGAUGGUUGUCGCAACAUUUACAAUCAUGUCAUCCUCCCAGUCGGGAUCCGGGACCAAAGCGAAUAGUAAAUCAAGCAUUGUGUCAGACUGAGCGUACUGUUGUUCAUCUCAAUGACGAAAAUUUCGAAUUCUUUCCUCCUUUUUACAGCGAAAUACGUUGCAAAGUCCCUAAACGUGAUGGAGAUAGUGGAAACAAAAAGGAACAUACGUGUUUACGUGGUACGUUACGCUGUGUGCAACGCUACGAGGAUCGGAUUUUUGCACGUCGACAACGAGGCGAUAUUGAGUAUAAUCAGCACAAAAUUUCGAAGAUACCGAGCGCAUGUGAUUGUAUGUGGCCAGUGGAUAUAUAUGGAAAGAUUAAACAUGAAAAUUUUAAAAUUUAA